CCGAGUCGGCGGCGCGCGUCAUGGUGGCCGAGGCGGCGCGCGGCGUGCGGCCGGCGCUCUUCAUCACCCGGCCGGACUCCGACGUGAGCGCCGCCGUCGGCGAGGACGUCAGCGUCUCCUUCCGCGUCACCGGCGAGCCCAAGCCGCAAGUGACGUGGUCGCACGGUCUGCGCGACGUCACGCACAGCGCUCGCACCCUCAAGGAGACGAGCGACGACUACGUCCGCCUGACGCUGAAGCGCGCGCGGCCCUCCGACGCCGGCACCUACUGCGUGCUGGCGCGCAACGUCUACGGCUGCGACCGCGCCUUCUUCACGCUCAAGGUCAGACAGAGAGCCCGUUCUUUGACACCAGGAGCAGAGUCACGUUUGCGAGACACCACCGAAGAGAUCCUCAGGGACAUCAGGGAUUCUGAGGAGAGAGAAAGGCGGAAAGAUGUGCCGGUGGCGAUCUCGGCGGAGCCGGUGGUGUCUGACCAGGGCCGCAACUGGCUGACGCUGACAUGGCCCAAGUGCGAGGCGCGCGGCGGCGUGCCCGUGCUGGCCUACCGAGUGGAGGCGUGGCAGCUGGGAGGCGACGCCGCCGGCUGGACAGAGCUCGGCGUCUCGCCGAUCAACAGCUACGACGCGUUCAACCUGAAGCCCGGCGCCGAGUACAGGUUCCGCGUGACGCCGCGCAACCGCUACGGCUGGGGUGAGUCGGUGGCCACCAGCGCCCCCAUCACCGUGGGCCGGCCGCGGGAGCUGCCAGAGUUCGUCGCCAUCCUGCCGGGCCAGCUGAAGGCGCUCGCCGGCUCCGACAUCACGCUGGAGUGCCAGGUGCGGGGAGAGCCGGCGCCCGAGGUGCGCUGGUACCGCGACGGCGGCGAGCUGGAGGAGGACCCGCCUCGGCUGACCCUCCAGCAGGAGGGCGGCCGCUGCCGGCUGGUGCUGCGCGCCGCCGCGGAGGCGGACGCCGGCCGCUACAUGUGCGACGCCGCCAACAGCGUCGGCCGCGUCUCCACGUUCGCCCGCCUGCAGGUCGUUCACGACCCCAGCCUGCUCGAGGCCGACUCCAAGCUCAAGAGGGAGGCGGCGGAGGCGGGCGAGGGCGUGGAGGCGGCGCCGCAGUUCACGAUGCGGCUGCGCGACCGGCGUGUGCAGGUGACCUACCCGGUGCGGAUGACCUGCCAGGUGGCCGGCUGGCCCGCCCCCACCGUCACCUGGACCAAGGACGGCGCCGACGUCACGCCCGACGACCGUCGCUCCAUGACGAGCGACGAGGCCAGCUUCCACACGCUGGAGCUGUCGCACGCGGCGCUGGAGGACUCUGGCGAGUACUGCGCGACGGCGCGCAACGCGCACGGCGCCGUCUCCUGCCGCGCCACGCUCGUCGUCGACAAGGGCAUCCGCGCCUACGUCGCGCCCGACUUCGUCUUCGAGCUGGAGCCCGCCGCCGCCGCCGUCCCCGAGGGCGGAGAGCUGCGCCUGCGCGCGCAGGUCGAGGCCUACCCCGCCGUCGGCGUCAUGUGGCACCGCGACGGGGUGCGCCUGCGGCCGAGCCGGCGCGCCGUCAUGACGCUGGACCACGACGGCGCCGUGCAGCUGUCGCUGGGCGGCGUGACGCGCCGCGACGCCGGCGUCUACACGUGCACCGCCACCAACGCCGUGGGCCGCGCAGAGACCAGCGCCACCGUCACCGUGCUGCCCGCCGACGCCGACGCCGCCCCCGCCACCGACGACGACGCCACCACCGACUCCGUGCAGCGGACGCCGCAUCUGCUCACGCCGGACGUACCGUACUCCCAGGAGCCGAUGUUCCUGACGAAGCCGCGCUCGACCGAGGCCCGCGAGGGCGACACCGUAGUCAUCCAGUGCGAGGUGGUGGGCGACCCCAAGCCCGACGUCUUCUGGCUGCGAGACUUCCUCAAGCCCGACUACUACCGGGACGCGGCGCACUUCCGCCGCCAGGGUGACGGCCCGUGCUACCAGCUGGAGAUCCCGCACGCCAAGCUAGACUUCACCGGCGCCUACUCCGUCGUCGCCCGCAACUGCCAUGGGGAGGCCAAGGCCGUGAUCUCGCUGCAGAUCUACGCCAAAGGCCAGGGCAAGGAGGACGGCAUGGAGCCGAGCAGCGUCACGUACGGCCGCGUGCAGACGCUGCCGUGCGUGCGGCGCGCGCUCGCCGACCGCCGCUGCUGCGACGGCGACGCCGUGACGCUGGAGUGCCGCGUGUUCGCCACGCCGCUGCCCGACGUCCGCUGGGAGAAGGACGGCCGGCUGAUCCCGCUGGGCGGCGACUUCGUGGCGGAGGUGGAGGGCGAGACGGCGCGGCUGAGCAUCGCGCACGUCUUCCCCGAGGACGAGGGCCAGUAUACGUGUGUCGCCUCCAACGCGCUCGGCUCCGCGCGGACCUCCGCGUGUCUGCUCGUCGACGUGCCGGAGGAGAAGGAGACGCUGCUGUCGAGGCAGCUGUCGCGGCCGCCGGCGCUGCUGUCCGCGGGUUCGACUCCCCGCUCCACGCCCAGGACCACGCCCACCAGGAGCCAGUCGCCGACCGUCUCACGUGAAAGACGGCGGCCGACGACGCCGUCGGGACGGCGGGCGCGCGCCGCGGCGCCGCCGCGCUUCUACGCCGUGCCGCACAACCGCGUGGCCGAGGAGGGCGAGACGGUGCGGCUGCAGUGCGCGUGCGCCGGCCACCCGCAGCCCUGGACCACGUGGCACAAGGACGGCCGCGAGCUGGCCCACUCGGCGCGCGUGCGCGUCUCCGAGCGCGACGACCUGCGCCUGCUGGAGAUCCGCGAGGUGACGCGCGAGGACGCCGGCCUCUACCGCGUCACGCUGGAGAACGCGCUCGGCCGCGUCCAGGCCUCGGCGCGCAUCGACGUCAUCGAGCGCCGCGGCCGCAGCAGCACGGGCGUGCGUGCGUGGAGCGCAUCGCCGCGCACGUCACCCACGCCGGGCCGCCGCCUGGGUCCGGCGCCGCAGCUCACCGCCUACCGCGCCGCCGCCGCCGCCCCCAGCGCCUACUCCGGCUACUCCUCCUACUACAGGCGCGCCGGCGCCGGCGACGGCGGCGACCAGCCGAUGGACGGCGACGUCGAGGAGGGGGAGGCGGGGGCGCGCCAACAGCAGCCGCAGCCGGUGUUUGCAGAGCCGCUGCCGCCGACCUGCACCGCCGUCGAGGGCUCGCCGCUCGAGCUGCGCGUCCGCCUACACACAGAGGGCGAGCAGCUGUCGGUGACGUGGUCCCGCGAGGGCGUGCCACUGCCCGACUGCCGCGACUUCCGGUACGGCCGCGGGCCGGCGGGCCGGCGCUCGCUGCUGCUGUGGGACGUCUUCCCGGAGGACGCCGGGCUGUUCCGCUGCGAGGCGCGAGGCCAGGGAGGCCGCGUGCUCGCCGUCUCCUGCACCAGGCUCUGCGUCCUCACAGACUGCGAGGCGGCAACGCCCUCCGCGGGUGACGGUCGCCCCCAGCACCAGCAGCAGCAGCAGCGGCCGGUCGCCUUCCUGAAGAGCCCGGCGCCAGUGAUGGCGCGCCGCGGCGCCAGCGCCAGCUUCGUGGCGCGCGUGUCUGACCCGCGCGCAGCCGGCGACGUCGUCUGGACUGUGGCAGGCCGCGACGCCGCCACCUGCUCCAGGUGCCACGUGGAGACGACUGGGGACGAGAGCGUGCUGACGGUGCGCGACGUGCAGCCGCAGGACGGCGGCGCCGUCGAGUGCUCGCUGCCAGAGGAGGAGGGGGAGGAGGAAGGGGAGCCGGCGGCGGUGACGCGCGGCCCGCGCGACGUGGUGGCGCUGCGCGGCGACACGGCCACGCUGAGCGCCGCCUUCCGCGGCAGCCCGCCGCCCACAGUGCGCUGGCUCAGGGCGGGCCGGGAGCUGUCGGCGGGCGGCAGGCUGAGCAUCGAAACGGCGGCCGGCGAGUCUCGGCUGACGCUGUCGCGCAUCACGGCCGACGACAGCGGCAAGUACGUGGUGUGCGUGGCCAACGCGCUCGCAGAGGACUGCCACUACGCCUCGCUCGCCGUGGAAGGGCCGCCUGACCCACCCAAGGGCCGCCCCAGUGUGUGUGCGGUGAGUGGCGGUCCGGACUGCCACGGCGCAUGCGCACUCGUCGCGUGGUCGAGCGCGCCCUACGACGGCGGAUGCAUCGUCACCGGCUACAGCGUAGAGAUGCGUCGCGCAGACGAAGACCACUGGACCACCGUCGCUGACAGCUGCCUGUCGCUGUCGCACCACGUGUCGGGCCUGAGCGAGGGCUACGACUACCAGUUCCGCGUCCGGGCGCACAACCGCCACGGCGCCAGCGAGCCGGGCCUCGAGACGCCGCCCUUCGCAGCUGCACGCGUCGCCACACCAGACGGGGUUAAGCUGGAGGAGGAAGAAGAAGACGUCCCGGAGGAAGAGGACUGGGACUCCGAGGAGGUGUCUGCGGGCGGCGACUUCGCGUCCGGCUACGAGGUGCUGCAGGAGCUGGGCAAGGGCCGGUACGGCGUGGUGCACCUGGUGCGCCACCGCCGCUCGCAGCGCCUCUUCGCCGGCAAGUUCCUGCGCUGCGUGAAGGCUGCCGACCGCGACAAGGCGCGCGCCGAGGUCGACAUCAUGCGCCGCCUCAGGCACCCCAAGCUGCUGCGCCUCGCCGCCGUCUUCGAGGCGCCGCGCGAGGUGGUCGUCGUCACCGAGUAUAUAUCUGGAGGCGAGCUGUUUGAGAGAGUAGUCGCAGAUGACUUCACAUUAACUGAAAGAGACUGUGUGCUCUUUAUGCGUCAAAUAUGCGAGGGAGUCCAGUAUAUGCACCAGAAUUCUGUUGCACAUCUUGAUCUGAAGCCAGAAAACAUCAUGUGCCGUACACGUACAUCUCACCAGAUCAAGCUGAUCGAUUUUGGUCUUGCAAGAAUCUUGACACCAGGGAAACCAGAGAGAGUUCUGUUUGGCACCCCUGAAUUCAUACCACCAGAAAUUAUAAAUUAUGAGCCCAUUGGUUUUGAAUCAGAUAUGUGGUCUGUUGGCGUUAUCUGCUACGUCCUGCUGUCCGGCUUGUCACCAUUCAUGGGUGACAAUGACAUAGAGACAUUUGCCAAUAUAACGAGAGCAGAUUAUGAUUUCGAUGAUGAAGCUUUUGAUGCAAUUUCUCAGGAUGCCAAAGAUUUCAUCAGUGAACUUCUAGUAAAGAGAAAAGAGAAAAGGUUGACUGCUGAACAGUGUUUGCAACAUCGCUGGUUAACACAGAUGACAGAUGCAAUCAGCUGUGUCAGGCUGUGUACUGAUAAACUUAAGAAAUUCAUUAUACGGCGCAAGUGGCAGAAAACAGGCAAUGCAAUUCGUGCUCUGGGUCGAAUGGCUACCUUGUCAGCUGCAACGAGACGCAAUUCGACAGCUAGUGGAGGUGGAAGCUCACCUCGACCCAGUCUUUCAGGACCGGAUGAGGUAGCAGUAGUUGCUGCCGCAGGAUCCAACAAUCGGCGGCCUCGAGCCUUCAGUGAGCGCAGUGACAGUGGUAUAAGUGACUGCUCUGUCAGUGUACCCUAUGCAGCAGGGUCUCGUUGUCUAGCUGUCACUGAAGAACACGAGGAAGAAGAGGAAGGUAACACAGGUAGUGAAACUGACAAUGAGAGUACUUGUGCAGCUAGAAGCAGCAAAACUGCAGGAGAGCACUCAACAGAUAGUUUUGUGACCAAAAAUGUUGAAUGUCUGGAAGUUCUCUCUGAGAAAAUAGACAAUAUUGCAAUGGACGGAACAGAGGAAUCUGAAAAUCAUACCGAAAUUGCACUGUCCCUGACAAAUAGUGUAACACCUGUUAAGAACUUAAAAUUUGCUAUGGGAGAUGAUAACAAGGAUGAUGAUUGUGACAUUAAUGAUUUUAAUUAUUCUUCCACAGCCUCCAUGCCCUCCAGCUGUAACAAGAAGACAGCCAGCCUGAAGCACCAGAAUUCUGCAGAUUCUGGAGUGCACCUUGAGGUGGUAAGCAGCAGCAGCAGGAGGAACUCCUGCAGUGGCACCGUUAAGAGCAAGGUGACAGCAUUCCAGCAGAUGGCCAGUGCUGGGAACCGUUCUCCUGUCACAGGUGAAAUGGCAAAAACUCACUCUGGAUCUGCUAUUACUGCCUCAAGAGAACACAGCACCAACUUCCAGAAAGCAGCCGCUUUCUGGAAGAGGUAGCACAGGACAAUAAAUGUGUGCAUAAGUACAAAGUGCAGCUGUCUGUCUGUGAAUAUGAACUAUUUAUAUGUUGAUAAGUUAUUAAUAACUGUACAAUAAUUUUGACAACUCAAAGCAUGUUUAAAUCUAAAUUACAAUGAAUUCCAUCAUGCCAUAUACUGUCUAAAGAUAUAUUCAAUGAUGAACAAUAUAAACUACUACAAAUGUAUUUUUAAAAAAAAUUAUUUCUUCAUGGAAAACUUUCUGUUUUGCUUGUUGUCAAGUGUGCAUGUUCAUAUAAACUUUUGUUGUUUGAAUAUUGCAAAAGUUUGUGAUUUGUACAUAGCCAAUACCUCAGUUUCUGUAACAUCCAUUUAAAAAAAAAAAUGUAUGUUCCCGUCAGUGUAUAGCAUAGUCAACCAUUAGCACUCUACCUGUUCACAAAUACAAAAAGCUGAACUGUAAUGUUCUUAAACCAAAUUUAAAAUAAAAUUUAUGAUACUGUCA